AUGGCUAUUGGAGGGGAAUAUUCUGCAUGCUGUAAGGUGAAGGGUCCAGGGGUUGGCCUGCUUGGUUUCUCCAAAGGAGCUGAAGUGUCCCUUACCAUGGCUGCCUUCCUGAAGCACAUCUCAGCUGUUGCUUCCCCAGUGGGAAGCAUUCCCAUUCUGGGAAGCAAUAGGAACAUUCCCUCUGUGACUGUUACAUUGAACAAAGCCAAGGCCACCAAUUCCAAAUUUCUUGAUUAUUCUGAUGUUAUUGAUUAUCCUGGCAACCAAAGCCUGAUCCCACUAGAGAAAGGUGAGGCACAGUUUCUAUUCAUGGUGGGCCAAGAUGACCGUGUUAUCAAAAGUGAGUAUUAUGCUACUGAAGCCUGCAAGCUUCUGCAAGCUCAAGGGAAGGAAAAUUUUCAGAUUCUCUCCUACCCUGGAACAGGGCACUGCAUAGACCCACCCUUUUUCCCUUUGUACCACAUAGGAAGCCACCCCGUUUUUCACAAGCGAGCAGUCCUGGGAGGGGAGGUCAGGGCUUAUUCUAAAGCUCAGGUUCAUGCUUGGUCACAGAUCCAGGAAUUUUUCAAAAAGUAUUUAACUGUUAGCUAA